AUGAAGUUUCUUGCUUUAUUUCUAAAACACAUAGCUCCCUUUGUCAUCCUCAACAUCAUAAUCAUAUCGUGGAUUUCUGGGGAUUACUGGCGCGCCUCGCAGCUGGAAAGAUAUGGCUCCAUGUACGGAGUUCAGGCGACCGGAGCUACUGCAACAGUCUAUCACUACAAAGUACGCAAUGGCACCUCAUAUGCGGUCAAAUUGUUCAAUAAGAAACGGGCAGGGGUAUCCGAGGAAGAGUAUGUGAAUGAGGUUAGAAGUGAAGUCGCUACAGCAGGCAAACUCCGCCACCCGCGAAUCUUGAAAGUCAUCGAUCUCUUCGAAGAGAGGGGCAGAUGGUACAUGGUCAUGCCGUACUUGCCGACGACGCUGUUCGAUCACAGUCUGGGAAAUGAUCGGCUUCUUUCUCCAGAGGAGACGGAAUGUGCCUUCCAACAAAUCGUAGAAGGGGUGUCGUACCUUCACGAGCGGGGGUUGGCUCAUCUGGAUCUCAAACUGAGCAAUAUCCUACUUGAUGCAAGUGGAGGGGUCAAGAUCAUCGAUUUUGGACAAGCUCGGUGGUUUAACCAUUCACACCGGGAAAAGGCUGUCCAAGGUCGUUUUGGAACUCCACCGAAUGUUCCUUUGGAAGCAUAUCAAACCUCGGCAUAUGACCCAUUUGCUGCUGAUGUCUGGGCAGUUGGAAUAAUUUAUUGCCAGUUAGUUCUACCCUCAGUUCCUUGGAAUUUAGGUUUUCAUUCGCGAGACGAAUUCUCGAUCUUUUCGCCCUCAGUACAAACUUACGGAUCACCGAGAGGUCUUGAUCAUUUUCAAUCGACGUGCUUUAGCAAACAUUUCAGCUACAAUUUAUAUCAAGAUGCCAACAAGUUCAUGAUGACAUGGCGUAGAGUCAGAAAACAUAUCGAGACAAGCCGAGCUACUGCGCAGGGCCUUGCAUCAAAGCAUACUCGUGCCGUAAACGGAUACAUACGUGGUACAUACAUAAGCCAGGAUGGAGAUGGCCUAAUGCGUGAAUUUGGGCUGUGGCGCUGUUGGGUCUGUUGGUCCGGCGGAUAUAACUGGACAUGUACUAAGAAUAAGCGCAUCAUUUUUGUAAACCAAGAUCGAUAG